UAUCUCAACUUGGUAUCAGAUACCAGCACCCCGUUCCUUCUUUCUCUCAACGCUUCCGCAUCGUCUUCUCCGCCGCACCCGCUCGGCCGACUUCGACGCAACGGCGUCCGCUCCGUUCGCCGCCAUUCCAGUCGCCGCGGCCGCUCCUGCUGCGGCUGCACCUUCUCAGGCAGCUCCCGCUGCCGCGGUCACCACCAUCCCGGCUGCACCCGUGCCCCGCCGUGCGCACCUCGGCGACCUGGGCAAGACGCCAGUCCCUGAAGGCGUCGCGGCUCCUUCCUCGUCCACCUCGGCGCCCUGUGCGACGCCCUCUGCCCAGCCAGCCACCGGCGUCCUGCGCACCGCCGGCAGCACCCCCGUCCCGCGCCUCACGCUGGGUGGCCCCGGCAGCGCCGUCGUCACCCACCUCGGCCUGGGGCGGUCCGACGCCGGUCCUUCCUCCACUGCCGGCCUCCCGCCCUCCAUCGCGCACUACUUCACCAGCAAGCUUCACCUCGAGUCUGGUAACUACUCGCGCUGGCGUAAAUUCUUUUACAUCAUCGCUUGCAAACAUGAGGUUCAGCAUCAUCUCGACGCCGCCACCGACCCGCUCGGCCAGAGCGCUGUGUGGCGAAACGACGACUUGUCCAUGGUGUUGUGGAUGCACGGCGUCGUCGCCGAGGAGCUCCUGGACGUCGUGGCGUCCCCGGACAGCACCGCCUACGACAUCUGGACCCAGCUCCACGUCCUCUUCAUGGACAAUCAGCCGGGCCGCGCCGUCAUCCUCGGCGCCGAGAUCCGGAACCUCGUCCAGGGCGACCUCUUCAUCGCCGAAUACAGCAGGAGGCUCAAGUCCCUGGCCGACGCUCUCGAGGACGUCGGCGAGCACAUCUCCGAUCAGGCCCUCACGCUCCAGCUCAUCUGUGGCCUCAACCGCAAGUUCCAGAUUAUGGCGACGCUCCUCCCGAUGCAGUCGCCGUUCCCCUCCUUCGUGCAGGCCCGUUCUCGCCUCCUCAUGAAGGAGAUCUCCGCCAACGAGCGGGCUCGGCUAGACGGCCGUUCGAAACUCCCCGCCGUUGCACUCACCAUCGGGCACGCCCCGAGUGGCGGCCCCUCUCCCCCCCUGAUCGCGGAUCAGGCAGCGACUCCGCCAACAAGGGCAAGGGGCCCGCUGCAUCUCCCCCAGGCGACAGGGGUAGUGGCUCGCGCGGGCGUGGGUGCGGUCGUGGUCGCGGCCGCGGCGGCCAGUCGUCUGGUGGCGCUCCCGCUGGACGCAGCGCCGCUCCAGCCGGGCCGCAGCCCCCGACUGGCUUCUUCGCUCCAUACGGCGCCUUCCUCCCAGGCCUGCCUGCACCACGGGCCCCUUGGGCUGCGCCAAACGCCGCUGGCGUCCUAGGCCCACGUCCUCCUGCACCGCAUCAGGCCUACCCCGGCCCGUGCACUCGACGACUUCGAGCGGGCCUUCCUGGGAGCAGUACAAUCAGCUGUACGCUGCUCUCCAGGGCCUCUCCAUGCAGCAGCAGCACGCCGGCGGCGCGCCGGACUGGUUCCUCGACAUGGGCGCUACGUCGCACGUCGCUGGACCUAGCCACGGGGAAGCUAAUCAUGAGGUCCAAUAGCCAUGGGGACCUCUAUCCUUUCUUCAACAACUCCGGCGUCCAAGCAGUGCUCUCCGUCGCCACCGAUGACAUAUGGCAUCUUCGUUUAGGGCAUGCUAGCAAUAAAUCAGUUUCUAUUCUUGCACGUGAUUUUCUUCCAACUUGUAAUAACAAUAUGCCUAGCACUUCCCUUUGCUCAUCAUGUAAACUUGGCAAGCAGCCUCGGCUGCCUUUUUCCCAUUCCAUUACUAAAACAAGUGCGCCCUUCCAGUUAAUACAUUGUGACUUGUGGA